AUGGCGUCAACUGCAACCCUAAAAGAGUCGAAUCGCACGCUCCAGAUCUUGGAGAAUGCCGUCAAAGGCAAGUAUGGAGUCUUGGCAGCCAUCUGCUACAACGUCGAACAUCUCACAGCUCUGGUCAGAGCUGCCGAGGCCAAGCGCUCUCCAUUAAUUCUGCUCUUAUUCCCGUCAACAUUGGAGCAACUUCCAACUAUGGCUUGGGCCGCAUCUGCUGCCAUCAAAUCUGCCACUGUGCCUCUUUCGCUUCAUCUAGAUCAUGCGCAAGACGUGUCGCAGAUUGAGAAAGCCGUGUCUAGUCUUCCAUUUGACUCUAUCAUGGUUGAUAUGAGCCAUUACGACCACGAAGAGAACCUUGCCAAAACCGCUACUCUCACAAAGCUGUGCCACGAGCACGGUAUAGCAGUUGAAGCAGAGAGCGGUCGUAUUAACGGCGGCGAAGAUGGCAUCGCUGGCACCGCCCUCUUCACAACCCCCGAAGAAGUAGAAGACUUCCUAAAAGCAGGCAUCGACAUCCUCGCCCCAAGCGUCGGAAACAUCCACGGUGACUACCCUCCCGAAGGACCCAAGUUAGACCUCACCCGCCUCUCCUCAAUCGACAAGCAAAUCCGCAGCCGCGCCUUGAUGGCCCUCCACGGGACAAACGACUUUAGCGCCGACAUCAUGAAGCAGUGUAUCGACGCCGGUGCCGUCAAGCUCAACGUCAACAAGUUGCUGUUGGAGGUGUGGCAUGUGCAUCUGAGGGAGAAUGCUGAUAAGUCUUUUAUGCAGCGGACGGACGAGGGGAUUACGAUUUUGCAGGAGGAAGUCGAGAGGUGGAUGGAUAUUUGUGGCAGCAGUGGCAAGGCGUAG